GCGACUGUGUCUACACCUCUGUCACCGGGGCUGGAUGGGAAGGACGAGCUUCGCUUGAGAGGUCCGGGAAAGCGCUUCAAGGUGGCGACAGACAAGGUUGCAGAUAAAUUGAGUUCUACUCUCUCAUGGGUAAAGAACACCGUGUCACAAACUGUCAGUCAAAUGGCAAGUCAGGUGGCGAGUCCAUCAGCCUCGUUACACACUACAUCGUCCUCGACCACUUUAUCUACUCCAGCACUUUCGCCGUCUUCCCCGGUACAGUUGAGUCCAGAUGAGCUUGAAUUGCUGGCCAAAUUAGAGGAGCAAAACCGGCUGCUAGAAAUUGACAGUAAAUCGCUGCGAUCUGUCAAUGGAUCGAGAAGAAACAGCGGGUCUUCCCUGGUGUCCAGCUCCUCGGCAUCCAGUAAUCUCAGUCACCAUCAAGAGGAGGAUUCCUGGCUGCUCUGGGGACGUAUUGUCAAUGAGUGGGAGGAAGUGUACAAGAAGAAAGAGAAACAAAUCAAGGAGCUGGUCAGAAAAGGAAUACCACAUCACUUUCGUGCCAUUGUAUGGCAGUUAUUAUGCAAUGCUCAAAAUAUGCCAAUCAAAGAGCAGUAUUCGGAGCUCUUGAAAAUGACCUCACCGUGUGAAAAGCUCAUCAGAAGGGACAUUGCAAGGACGUAUCCAGAACAUGAUUUCUUCAAAGAGAAAGAUAGCCUGGGGCAAGAAGUUCUGUUCAAUGUCAUGAAGGCAUAUUCUUUAGUGGAUCGCGAAGUGGGAUACUGCCAAGGAAGUGCUUUUAUUGUGGGACUUUUACUUAUGCAGAUGCCUGAGGAAGAAGCUUUUUGUGUGUUUGUAAAAUUAAUGCAAGACUAUCGACUACGGGAGCUCUUUAAACCCAGCAUGGCUGAAUUAGGUCUCUGUAUGUAUCAGUUUGAAUGCAUGAUUCAGGAGCAGCUUCCAGAGCUCCAUGUGCACUUUCAAGCCCAGAGUUUUCAUACCUCUAUGUAUGCAUCAUCUUGGUUCCUGACUAUUUUUUUAACAAGUUUCCCACUACCGGUUGCCACAAGACUUUUCGAUAUUUUUAUGUCUGAGGGUUUAGAGAUUGUUUUUCGAGCAGGCCUCGCUGUUCUCCAGAUGAAUCAGACAGAGUUAAUGCAGCUAGAUAUGGAAGGCAUGUUACAGGUAUGGAACAGAAUUUUAAAACAUGAUACUGAAGAAAAUGUGAAUUUACUUUUGCAAUAUCACCUUUCAAUUUGUCUUAGUAGUCAACCCUUGUAUUUUGUGUUUUUCAGGUUAGAAAAGGAGUACACUACAAUAAAGACAAAGGAAAUGGAGGAACAAGUUGAGAUUAAGAGGUUACGCACAGAGAACAGACUUUUGAAGCAACGUAUUGAAACCUUGGAGAAGGAAAGUGCAUCCUUGGCAGAUAGAUUGAUUCAGGGACAAGUGACAAGGGCCCAGGAGGCAGAGGAAAACUACCUCAUAAAACGUGAACUGGCCACCAUGAAACAGCAGAGCGAUUCUUCCAGCACUGAGCUGGAGCAGGCUCACCAUGCCAUCAGCGAGCUGCUGCAACAACAGCAAUUGCAUAAAUGUAAUCCUCGCUACUCUGAAGAGUUUGUUCUACAACUGGAGAAAGAGCUGGUUCACGCAAGACUGAAAGAAGCCGAAUCUCACUGUGCUAUGAAGGAAAUGCAAGACAAAAUUUUGGAGAUCGAAAAGAAAAACAGCUCAUUCCCUGAUGAGAACAACAUUGCAAGACUUCAAGAGGAGCUCAUCGCGGUGAAGUUAAGCGAGGCAGAAGCUGUCAUGGCUUUGAAAGCGCAAAAGCAGCAGAUAAGGGAUCUGGAAGAUCACUGGCAGAGACAUUUAGCCCGCACCGCAGGUCGGUGGAAAGAUCCUCCCAAAAAGAACACUAUAAAUGAGCUACAAGAUGAAUUGAUGAGCGUACGUCUAAGGGAAGCAGAAAGGCAAGCCGAUUUACGAGAAAUGAAGCAGCGGAUGAUGGAGUUGGACACACAGAACCAGAUAAACAGCAACCAUCUGAGAAGAGCUGAGCUAGAGGUCAAAGGCUUACAAGCUAAGGUGCAAUGUCUGUCAGUACAAAACAAGACUCUGCUAACUCAGCUGUCUGAAGCAAAGCGCAAGCAAGCAGAAAUUGAAUGCAAG